AACAGCGCAUUCUCCAGUCUUUUCUGAACCGAAGCAUCCAGAAUUCCUCCUCCCCACUUCCCCCCAAACCCCCCGCCUCCAUCCUCAUACUUUCUCUUCUCCUCUCCUAUUCCUUUCGAUUUUUUUAUCGAACACCUGGCCUUCGUCGUUCUGUGCCAAAUUCUUGCUCUCUUAGCGACUCCGUCGAAAUCCUAGCAAGCUAGCGGCCAUGGCGAAGUUCGGCGAGGGCGACAAGCGGUGGAUUGUGGAGGACCGGCCGGACGGCACAAACGUCCACAACUGGCAUUGGGUGGAGCGGGACUGCUUUGAGUGGUCGCGCUCCCUCCUCUCCUCCCUCCUCUCCAACCUCACCAUCCUCGACGACGAGGGCGGCCUCGCCAUCCGCACCAAGACCGUCGACCGCGUCGACGGCGAGGCCUACGUCAACGUCCGCAAGGGCAAGAUCAUCCCUGGGUACGAGCUCUCCCUCUCCCUCUCCUGGGAGGGCGAGGCCCGCGACUCUGCCGACGGCCCCUCGCUCCUCAAGGUCUCCGGCUCCCUCGAGGUCCCCUACCUCGCAGAUGAGAACGCCGGGGAGGACCCCGAGGUCAAGAUCACCGUCCGCGACGAUGACGGCCCCGUCGGCCGCCGGAUCAAGGACACCUUCAUCGCCAAGGGCAAGCCGCUGGUGCUCGAGAAGAUCCGGGCUUACGUUCAAGCAAUGGCGAAGGGCGGGCCGGUGAAGGACGAGAUCGAGGUCAAGAAGGCGCCGUCAGACGCCGGGAAGGCCCCGGCGGCGGGUGGGAAGGCUGUCCCGGCGGCUCCUGCGUCAAGGAAUGCGGCGGCGGGGGCGGCGGCGGAAGCAAAGAAGGAGAAUAAGGUGAAGGAGGGCUUCAGGACGAUAACUCUGACGGAGAAGUUUAAUUGUAGGGCGUGCGAUCUGUAUGAGAUCUUGAUGGACGAGAACCGGUGGAAGGGAUUCACUCAGAGCAAUGCAAGGAUCAGCAAGGAGGUUGGAGGGCAAUUCAGUCUCUUUGAUGGCUCGAUCACUGGAGUGAACGAGGAAUUGCAGGACGGGAAGCUUAUUGUUCAGAAAUGGAGGUCUGGGAGCUGGGCUGAAGGGAUCCAUUCGACGGUGCGGCUCAUAUUUGAUGAGCCGGAGCAAGGAGUCACCAUUGUAAAACUGACGCAGACUGAGGUGCCAGAGGAGGACAAGUAUGGGAAUGCUACAGUGGUGGAGAACACCGAGAGGGGAUGGAGACAGCUCAUCUUUAACAAGAUAAGAGCACUCUUUGGCUUUGGAAUCUGAUCAUUCUGGCAAGACUUCUGUUUUCCUUUUCUAGAAGUCAAGAAUCAUCUGAGUCUAUUUACGCAGUAUGAUUUUUUGAUAGUAGGAAAUGCCUGAACUUUAAACAUAGUGUAAUCAUUGUUCAGCCUGCAAAUGCUGCUGCGAACUUCGAGGAUGUGUUUGAUUAUAAUUUUCAUGUGACUUUGAUAAACACAUUCAAAUCUUUAAAUGGAUAUUAGUUUUCUGCCUUUUCCUUCUA